AUGUUAGGUGCACAAAAAAAGAUGAAUAAAAAAGGUGGAGCGUGGGGAAAUGAGGAAAACCCAGGGGGGAGUGGAGCAAUUUUCCGAAUAGCCCCAUAUCAAUACAUUCAUGUGAUUGACCAAACAACAAAUGUGACACGUCUUGAAGUUGGACCUCAGACAUACAUCCGCAAAGAUAACGAACGAGUGAUCCUUGGUCCAGAAAAGAUGGUGAUAGUAGCCCCAAGGCAUUACUGCAUGAUUGAGAACCCAGUUCAGCGGGAUUCAGAAGGAAAACCAGUUUAUGAUGAUGUUGGUCAAGUGAAGCUUCAACAUGCUGAAUUAGAGGUGCGCCUGGAACAGGAACCAUUCCCGUUGUACCCUGGUGAAAAGCUUCAGACAAGUGUGACACCACUGCAUGUUGUUGCACGGAACACUGCUUUGAGGCUGGUAGCAAAAAGGGAUUUUGUUCAGGGCACUGGUGAAGAUGCAGUUCAUCGGAAUGCUGGAGAAGUAUGGCUGUUUGAAGGACCAGGAACAUACAUCCCUCGAAAAGAAGUGGAAGUUGGGGAGACAGUAUGUGCUCAGAUCAUCCGACCGAACCAAGCAUUGAAGUUGAGGGCUAUGAUGGAUACAAACGAUCGAGAGGGGGCUCCUCGUGUGACAGGUGAAGAAUGGCUUGUGAGAAAAGUUGGUGCAUACCUCCCUGGAGCCUAUGAGGAAGUGGUUGAAGUUGUGAAUGCUAUUGUCCUCACUGACAAGGAAGCAGUUCAUGUGCAAGCAAAACGAACCUUCAAAGAUGAGAAUGGGAAGACACGACGCAAUGGUGAGGAAUGGCUAGUGCUUCAAAAGGACACAGAGACUUUUAUUCCUGGUGUGUAUGAAGAGGUGGUGAAGAAUGUUCCAAUCACCACCCUUACUAAUCGCCAAUACUGUGUCAUCCUCAACCCUCUUGGUCCUGAUGGCACUCCCCAACUGGGCCAAAAGAAACUUAUUAAGGGUGAAAAAUCCUUCUUUCUGCAACCAGGAGAGUGUUUGGAAAGUGGAAUUCAAGAUGUAUUUGUCCUUGGAGAGAAUGAAGGACUCAUCUUGAAAGCCAGAGAAGCCUUGAAGGACAACUUCUAUGAUCCUGCUGUGGACAGGAGUCCUGGAGAUAAGUGGCUCAUCAGAGGUCCAGUCGAAUAUUUCCCUCCCGUUGAGGUGGAGGUGGUCACCCGGCGAACUGCCAUCCCUCUUGACAAGAAUGAAGGGAUUUAUGUUCGAGACAUCAAGAGCGGAGAAGUGAGGGCAGUGAUUGGUAUGACAUACCUGUUGAACCAAGAUGAAGAGUUGUGGGAGAAAGAAUUACCAGAAGCAGUGGAAAACCUAAUCGGACUGGGGAAGGAUGUAGUUGCUGAUAGAGGUCUUAUGAGGGCAGCUUUGGCAGCACCACAAGGUCCAAAGGGAAGGGAUCGAACUCGGGUUGUCACUUUCCGUGUCCCACACAACACAGCUGUCCAGAUCUAUGACUACAAGGAUAAGAAGGCAAGAGUUAUAUUUGGACCAGACCUUGUGCUUCUGGGACCAGAUGAACAAUUCACUCAACUGAGUCUGUCUGGAGGGAAACCAAAGAAGCCAAAUCAAAUCCGGGCUUUAGGUCUCAUGCUUGGACCUGAUUUCUGCACUGACAUAGUUGUGGUGGAGACAGCUGAUCAUGCCCGACUUUCUCUUCAAGUGGCAUAUAAUUGGCACUUUGAUAUCAGAAAUCACUCAGAUGAGACAGCAACCAAGAUCUUCAGUGUUCCGGAUUUUGUUGGAGAUUGUUGCAAGGCCAUUGCUUCCCGCAUAAGGGGUGCAGUUGCAGGUGUCAAAUUUGAUGAUUUCCACAAGAACUCAUCGAAGAUCAUUCGAGUGGCUGUAUUUGGAGCAGAUGAGAUGGGCAAAGUGAGGGAAAAGAUUAUGUUUGACCAGAAUAACCUGGUGGUAACCAGCAUAGACAUACAGAGUGUGGAGCCAGUGGACCAGAGGACUCGAGAUUCUCUUCAGAAGAGUGUCCAACUUGCCAUUGAGAUUACCACCAACUCCCAAGAGGCUGCUGCCAGGCAUGAGGCAGAACGACUGGAGCAGGAAGCAAGGGGGAGAUUGGAGCAGCAGAAGAUCCUGGAUGAAGCUGAAGCGGAAAAGACUCGGCGGCACCUUCUUGAGCUUCAGGCUGAAUCAGCAGCUGUGGAGUCAUGUGGGCAGUCAACAGCAGAGGCACGCAGUCGAGCUGAUGCUGCUGCCAUUGAAGCCAAAGCUGCUGUUGAGCAAGCCAAGCUUAAGGCUGAAGCUUCUGCUAUUGAAGCUGAAUCGGAACUGGAGAGAUUGAUGAAAGCGAGACGCAUUGAGCUGGAUUAUGUGAAGGAACAGAAUACCCUUGAGGUGCAGAAAGCAAAGGAAUUGGCCUUGAUCGAUGUGGAGAAGUUCAAGGAGAUGAUGAGUGCCCUGGGACAGGAGACUCUGACUGCUCUUGCAAAAGCUGGACCACAACAUCAGGCAUGCUCUCACAUUUUAUACUCUCCUCAUUCUUUUCUUUCUAUAUCCAGUGGAGAUGUUGAAGGCACUGGGUCUCCAUUCUACAUUGAUCACAGAUGGAAGGAAUCCUAUCAAUCUUCUAAAUACAGCUGAUGGCCUUCUUGGAGGAGUCUAUUCCCGUUCCAUCCCACCCAUUCCCUAAUAAUUUUUUUCUCCCCUUACUUUCUCUUCUUCUUGCCAAAAAAUGAAUAAUUAUACAUUUGUUAGUCUUUGCAUUGUUUAUUGCACUUUGAUUUACUGGUCAUCUUGUCAUGUGGUUUAUUGGUCAUUACCAAUUACCAUCUCAUUCCAGUUCUUGUAGUUUCCUGCACCUGUUUGAUUUUGUUUCUCUGUUCAGUGAAUAUUGUUUGAUUCAUUUUAUUUACUUAAUUAUGUUGAUAUAAUGUAUGUUUGUUUUUCAGUAGUCUAUUGGAGGUGUCUCCAACCCAUAUAUUAGCAGAUUUGGAGUGAUUAGAAUGCAUAAGAAAUGAGGUGGUUGAUUGUGAUUUGGCUUUGAUUCACCUGUGAUAGUGUCAUAACCACCAAUGUGUGCCUUUCACCUAUCCAUCACUAACAGAAAUGCUUUUGUCACAGUAUUUUACCUUGCAUUAAAGGAGUAUAAGGAAAGGCCACAGAACCUUUGCAGUAAAUUCUGGUUGUGGAAUGCAGGAAACAUAAAUAUUUGUGCUAGGUAGGUGCUUGAGGGAAGUUUAUUGCAUUACCAGAAGUUUUACCAUAUUGUUGAAGAUUACAUUUAUUAAUUUACCUUAGUGCACCAUUGUUGGCAAUUAUCCCGAUCACAUGAUUUUUCAUCCAAAAGUAAAUUAUGAUGAUUUUUAAAAUAUAGUAAUGCUUCUGCUGGGAUCUCUCUGUGAUCACUUCAUUAGAUAAGGCUUUUCAGAUUGGAGGGGUAUGAUCAUGGCAGACUCCUAUAAUCCAUAAUGCAGGACUAUUUUGUGUGAGCCCCAGUUCAUUCUCCAUCAGGAAUCCACAUCACUGCAACCAAGUUUGAUUGCAUUCUAAGUAAUAUUGUUUUCCUCAUUGUCUCAUGGCUAAGAUUGGUCAGGUAUCCAGCCCUGUCAGUUUUUGGUCAUUGUGUCCUCCUUUUAGCUCUUGUUAUGCUUGCCAGCAGUGGUGACAUUUUUCCUUGUUCUACCAUUCCCUACUUUCACAAGGAAAGACACUUCUUGGAUUAUGUAUUUCCUACACUUUCCAUUGGAAGCCUCUGUGUGAAAGUCAUUGCUAUGUGAUACCGUCUUGGAAUGAAUAAUGUAUCAAAUGUGGCAUCAUCCUUUCCUCGAAUGAAAACAGGUAAUAAAUGUGAAAAGUUUGUUUUAGGAAGAUGAGA